AUGUUCGCGCUCUUUUGGACGUCUGAACGAAAGCUCGAGCUCGAUCGAUCAAGCAUACCGCUCACCGAAAGCAAUGGCGCCCAAGAAGCAGGCCCCGAAGGCCGAGCAGAAGCCGCCUCCAUAGGCAUAGCUGACAUCCAGCGCGGCGACAAUGUCGACGAGGCGCCGCUGCAGGCCGUCAUUCUGGCCGACUCGUUCAACCGCCGCUUCGAGGUUCUGUGUCUCGAUCAGCCCCGAAUUCUGCUGCCCCUUUGCAGUGUUCCGCUGCUCAUGUGGACGCUUGAGAGCCUGAGUCACUCCAAGGUCAAGCAGGUGUUCAUCUUCUGUGGUGUGCACGCGGAUAAGAUCCGUGCUUUCGUCGAGGAGUCGCCUUUCCAGCACCUGCUCGACAUUCAGUGUCUGUCCUCGACGACCGCCAGGACGGCCGGUGACGCACUCCGUGAGCUCGACGCCAUGAGCCUGCUCAACCCGGAGAACCCGUUCAUUCUCGUGCACAACCCGAUUGUGUCGAACUACGACAUCUCGCACAUGGUCGAGGCGCACAAGAAGCGUCGCGAGGUCGACAAGAACGUUAUCAUGACGAUGGGCGUUGCUCGUGGCGGACGUCAGCACCCUGAGUCGCCGGUGAUGCUCGUCCACCCCAAGUCGUCGCGACUGCUGCACUAUAGCCUGAACCCGCUUUCGCCGCGCAAGCAGCGUGUUGACUUCCCCGCCAACCUGUUCCUGGACCCGUGGCCGGCUUCGAUCGACGAGUACGAGAUCUGGUCGGGCACGAGCGCAGCCUCGCACCGUGGCGGAUACCGCGAUGUUGGCAUCGAUGUGUGCGAGGCAGACGUUCCGGCGCUGUGCACGGAGAACUUCGACUACCACGACCUCAGGAGACACUUUGUGAACGGUGUUCUGACGUCCGAGCUGCUCGGCAAGAACAUCAACGUGCACCUCGUCGGCGAGGAGAAGGCGGAGGAGAAGGCAGACGCUGCCGGCAAGGGCGGACGAUACGUUGAGCGCGUGCGCGACACGAGGACGUACGGCGAGAUCACGCAGGACAUCCUGCGCCGCUGGGUGUACCCUCUUGUCCCCGACGUUAACAUCCCGGGAGGCUCCAACUACGAACUUCGUAGGGGUAACGUGUACGUGUCGCGCGACAACGUCAUGCUGGCGCGGACGACGGACCUGGAUGGCCCCGUUCUCAUCGGCGCGAACAACACGCUCUCGCCCAACGUUACCGUGUCCAAGUCGACGCUCGGCGCCAAGUGCUUCGUUGGCCCGAACACCUCCAUCGAGUCAUCACACAUCUUCACCAACGUCCGGAUAGGCGCCGACUGCAAGCUCGAGGAGUGCAUGAUCGGUUCCAACGUCACGCUCGGCGACGGCGUUGUCGUCGGCAAGGGCACGCUGAUCGGAAAUGACGUCGUCAUUGGGAACGGAGUGCAGAUCCCCGAGUUCUCGCGUAUCGGACGCGCCAUCUACAGGCCCGAGGACUGGGACUCAGAGGACGAGGACAAUGAGGAGCAUGAGGAGGCGAUGCGCAACCACUCUCUCACCGUCCUCGGCCCCGACUCCAAGGGUUUCCUGUGGCCGACCGAGGAGGAGGAGGAGCUUUCUGACUCUGACGACGAGGACGAGGACCCGUACGAGCACCCGCGAAACAAGCGAUGGCUGCAGCUCGGUCGCCGCCUGUCCGAUGUCUCGGUCAACACGGAGGGCUCGCUCUCUACCCUCUCGAUCGCUUCUUCGACGCCGGAUGAGUCGCUCAUUGACGUCGAUGGAGACGACUUCGACUCGGACAUCGAGAUGGAGGUCGCUGGCCUGAACCUGAACGGCGGCCCCAGUCAGGCGUUCUACAACGAGGCGCGCUCGUCGCUCGCUCGUGCUUACGAGGAGGGUCACUCGGUGCCUAACGCGUCACUCGAGCUCAAGACCCUCGUCAUGGGUUACAAUUCUGGUAUCGACCCGGCACGCGAGGAGGUUGUCAACUUCCUCAUGGCGAAGAUUCCGACCGAGGGCGGUGCCGCCAAGAUUCUGCAGACGGCGACCGCGCUCUGGGAGCGUUGGGGCAAGCUCGCGUCCGGGCUCGCGCGCGACAGCAGCGACAUUGCCCUCGACGCACAGACGUUCGCGGUUCGCAACCCGGCGUACAUUCCCUGGUUCGGCCUUAUUCUUCGUGCGCUGUACGACUCGGACAUUGUCGACGAGGAGGGUCUGAUCGAGUGGCGCUCGCUCUCGGCUGCCCGUGGAGAGGGCGCCAAGGAGAACGAGAGGGAGAAGUACCGCGAGGCCUUCGCCAAGGGUAAGCAGUACGUCGACCUGCUCGAGCAGAUGGACAGCGACAGCGACGAGGAGGAGGACUCGGACGACGAGUAG